GUUUGACGGGACGCGGUGAUUUUUCGGUAAGGGCGUCCCGUUAUGAGUUUGUGAUAUGAGGCAGGAGGGGCAUGGCUUUGUUCACAGCCAGCAGGAUUUACUCCGAGCAACUCCUGCAAAAUGACACUUGGAGAAGUUUAACAUGGACAACAGCACCGCGGCGCGCAGCAUGGAGCCCACCAUCCCGGCCAUCAUGUUCAUCUUUGGAGUCAUCAGCAACCUGAUCGCCAUCGUGGUGCUCUGCAAGUCCAGGAGGGAGCAGAAGGAGACCACCUUCUACACUCUGGUCUGCGGUCUGGCGGUCACGGAUCUCCUGGGAAGCGUCCUCGCCAGUCCGGUGACCAUCGCCACUUACGUGAAGGGCGCUUGGCCUGAUGGAGACCCCCUGUGCCAGUACUUCGGAUUCGUUCUGCUCUUCUUCUCCCUCGCUGGACUGAGCAUCAUCUGCGCCAUGUCCGUCGAGAGAUACAUCGCCAUCAAUCACGCGUACUUCUACAACGACCACGUGGAUAAGAAGCUCGCGGGAGUCACGCUGCUCGCCGUUUACGCGUCCAACAUACUGUUCUGUGCGCUGCCGAGCGCGGGGUUCGGAGAGGUGAAGAUGCAGUACCCUCAAACCUGGUGCUUCAUCGACUGGCGGACCAACGUGAGCACGCACGCCGCGUUUUCCUUCAUGUACGCUGGAUGCAGCUCGCUGCUGAUCCUGGUGACGGUGGUCUGUAACGUGCUGGUGUGCGCCGCGCUCAUCCGGAUGCACCGGAGGUUCGUCAGGCGCACGUCGCUCGGCACAGACCCGUGCAGAGCGUCUGAUCCCGGCAGGAGCCGCAGCUUUAGCCGCCUCGCAGGCGCGGAGAUCCAGAUGGUCAUUCUGCUCAUCGCCACCUCCGCAGUCGUGCUCAUUUGCUCCAUUCCGCUCGUUGUCCAGGUGUUUCUCAAUCAACUUUAUAAGACGCCGGUGGAGAAACGUCUGGAUAAAAAUCCAGAUCUGCUGGCGAUCCGAUUUGCCUCGACCAACCCCAUUCUAGAUCCCUGGAUCUACAUCCUGCUGCGUAAAGCGGUUCUCUCAAAGGUGAUCGAGAACAUCAAGUGUCUUUUCUGCAGGACUGACUCUCAGAGACUGCCGGGACUGGUCAGCUUCCACUGCAUCAUCUCCAGAGACUCUCCGUCCGCUGUGUCUCGAGAGCUGAAGGUGAUGAAUGCCUCGCAGACGUGUCUGUAUCCGCCUGAGAGCUGCCCGGACAGCUGUCAAUCAAACCAGUGUGGGCGGUGCCUAUCUGACGCUUCUUCUGAAUCCUCCAAUCGGAACAGUUUAGACAGUCGGUCAAAAGAUCAACCCUUACAAGUGACUGUAACCAAUGAGACGUUUGAAGAGAAGAGCAUUUAACAUGCAAGGACCCUUCUCUGUUAAAACCUUCUGCACUUUGAAGCGAGAGUUGAUUUCAGAUCAGUGGAGUGAAAUGUAAAUGUCAUUAAAGGAAUAGUU